AUGAGUGAAGAACAACGAGGAAGGUCCGCACCCCCGGGUGUUGGACCUGCUUUCAGCCCCGCCGAUGCUGCGUCCCACGCUGACCUGGAUGGUCGCAAUCGCAACUCUCCAUCACCCUCCUUCAUCGACGACAACGACAUGCCACCCUCCAAGCCCGGCCUCUGGUUGCUGAAGACAAAGGCAGAGGCUCGUGCCUCGACUGCCACCGUCCAAGCAUGGACUAUAGAAUUGCCAUCCAGAGCUGCUAACACCGCCCUGGNNGGUACGCUCGCCUUUGUUUGCGCGCCGUGCCUGCUCUCGCUGACUCUUACAUACAGUCUCAUCAAGGACAACGUUCCUGAACUCGAUGCCAUCGACUUGCAGCACAUCCGCCGCUUUGCAAAGGCCCGCUUCCUGCCCACCCACCUCGUCCCCGAGACGAUCGCCGUCAGCCGCAGCAGAAGUGGCAGCGAGCAUCACGCCGAUGGCUCGUCCCGUGGCUCGUCUCGCUCACGCUCAUCGCGCAACAAACGUCGGGGUAGUGUCCCGGCCACGCUGCACCUGAUCGUUAGUCCCGUCAGCUGCAUCGGCGAAGACGCCCUCACCGAACUCCUCCUUGCCAACCCUCCCUUCGUCGACGACGGCUUCCCUCUCAUCCUCAGAGAGGUCACCCUCCCUCUGCUGCCCNCCACCAGUGCAGAGCAAGCUGAACUGUGGUCUCAACAGUACUGGCCCACCAUCUACCGCAAGACCAACCCCUUCGGCCCUCACCCUAGCAUCAUCAGCCGCGCCGAGGAGGAGGUUCUCUCUAACAACAACGUACCUCGCCUCAUGGAGAUGGCCAAGAAAGUCGCCGGAGAGACAAAGGCCAAGUGCUGCGGCGCUGGUGUUGGAUGCGUCAUCAUCGAAAGACCUACCGGGAAGCCUAUUGAAGUCAUCGCCGUCGCUGGAGAUGGCCGCUACCAAGGCCUGGACGAGGUCGCUGGUCAGCAGAACCCUAUGGCUCACGCCGUUAUGCGAGCUAUAGGCAUGGUCGCACGCAAACGUGUCCGCAGCGCUACUCGUGACCCUACGAAGCUCAACCCGGACAUGGCUGCUCUGGACAUCAACAGACCUUCUCACACACCCGCUCUCGGAGCCCCCAAGUUCGUUGACAAGACUUUGCUUGACUACCCUCUGACGCCCAUGGAACGCAAGGCCUUUAACAAGGACAACCUCAUCCCUGACGGCUACCUUUGCGUCGAUCUCGAGAUCUACCUCACCCAUGAACCCUGCGUCAUGUGUACCAUGGCCAUCUUGCAUUCGCGCUUCGCUCGCUGCAUCUUCGGUAUUCGCAUGCCCAAGACUGGCGCUCUGACAGCUGAUGGAGGCGGUCUCGGCUAUGGACUGUUCUGGCGUCCCGAGCUCAACUGGAAGUUCUUGUGCUGGGAGUGGAAGGAGAAGGACCCAUACGAUGGCGACAACCACUUGCACCUCUUCCUCGACAAGAAGACUCAGGUCUGA